AUGAUCCACGACUGCCUCUUCGGCGGCUACGACGAGGCGCCGCCGCCCAUGGCGCCCGAGGCGGCACUGCGCAGGGACUGGAGCCUCUCGUUCCACUGCUUGACCUACGCGACGCGGCGGGGGCGCCUGAUCAUCGACGGCGCCACGGGUUUCAUUCCACAAGGAAGCUGCUGCGCCGUCGUAGGGCCGUCAUCAGUAGACAAACGUAGUCUGCUGAAACUGCUGAGUUGCCGCGCGCGCGGCGGGUUGCUCGGAGGAAGAGUCGCCUACGGUGGUAGAGACGCUUGUGAACAGUGCGCCGCUUACGUGGACGGUGCGAUGGUCGACGACGAAAUGCGGUCGUCUCUGACAGCGUUAAGUCGAGUCGAGGCGAGUUCUGCAGUGCGCUUUGGCGUUGUGAAGCCCUGUCCGUUACUGCGCGCUUUGGGUUUGGACGGCCUGGCCAUCCCGUCCCAUCGAGCGGAGGCCGUCGUCGUUGCCAUAGCGAAGGCUUGUGUCCAUGCGCCUCCUAUACUAUGUAUCGAAGACGCCUUUCGCAACUUAGAUAUGCCUUCGCGGAAGUUCGUCGCGACGGCUCUCAAACAAGUGUCGCGGAGGCGCGUCGUUAUUGUAUCGAUUGACUCGGUCUUAGACGAUGCUACCUUCUCAAUUUUUGAUCACGUCCUACUGAUGAGACACGGUGCUAUCUUAUAUGGCGGCGCUAGGAAUCAAACGCUGGACGCCUUAGAAAGAAUGGGAACCGACGAAAAAUGCAAAGAACAAUACGAGCGUUCAGUAGAAUACAAGGCCAUGGAGCUCGACGUGUCGCAAACCACGUGUCAAGACCACGCGCCAAACGCAUUUCAAGGGCCAGAUGUAGCUCUAUACAAACGUAUCUUCUGGAUGUGCAGGAGGGAUUUUGAUGGAACCGACUAUGUGAGGAAGCACUCCAUAUUAAAAGCAAUCGCCGUGCUGUGGGCGUGUCUCUUUUGGGACAGCGACGCGCAGGGGGCUCAUGGACUAGAAGCCUGGGACGCCACCUCCUCAGCCUUUUGCGGGGGGCAGCUCGUCCUGUGGGCGACACUCCAUGAUGCGCCGGCGUUGGUGCGGAGGCACGGCGCGUUCCAGCGCAGCCGAGAGUGCUCCUGGUUUGUUCACUUACUUGUGAGGACGUUUCUGUUAGUAGUGGAUUCACUCGCAAGGGGCACGGCCCCUUUGAUAGUGAGUGGAGCUGCUGGUUAUCCAAGAGGUGUCAAUAAUCUAUGGAUCGUGUACGUGCUCGGCGUUUUGUUAGCUUUAUCUGCAGCGUGUCUGGUCGAGGCGUUAGCAUCAUACCAAUACGACGACGGUGAUUCCGUACGUUUACAAUCAUCGAUAAGAACGGAUCGCAUCUCAUCAGCGAAAGUGUCGGGGCAGUUCGGAGCGCUCGCUUUGAUCUUCUCGCUAUGUGCUGGUUUCGGCUUGGAUCUGGCCCACAUGUCCCCGUAUCAUCCGUUGGCCUGGGUCGCUCGCGUGAAUCCAUUAAGGUGGUUCGUCGAGGGCGUGGUUUUACGUUCUUCCCGAAGACCGAGGUUCAAGAGACAUCGGGCGCCGUCGCCGGCCCGAGGCGGGUUUUCGAGGUCUUCAUCUGAGAUGUGUGUGCGAUCUUUAUUGGUCCUUAUUGUUUGUUUCCGACUGAUUUCGUAUUGUUUUCUCGCGCGCGCGCCGGAAGAACCCAUUUCAGUCGAUCCGAGGAAGCUGCGGGGGAGGUGCUUUGUACCCGAGGAGGAGGACGACGAAGAUCAUGAAGAAGGUAUCAUCACGAUCCCACCGUCCACGAUACAAGCGCGCGACCUCACGAUUACGGAUGAGGAUUUCGCUCCGGUCGUAUCGGGCGCAUCAUUACAUAUAAAGAGCGGCGAGUGCGUAUCGAUCAUCGGCGACGACGUGGAGGCGACGCGAGCUUUAUUAAGAGCCCUGGCCCAAAGAGCAGGAACGACAAAACGCGUCGCGGGCGCCGUGCACAUCAACGACGUGAGCGGCGGCGGCGCGCGUGUGGCGUGGGUGCCCGCGUCCACGGACCAUCUUGAUGGAUGCGUCAUGCUCGACGCGCGUAGCUUAGUAGCCUACGCCGCUAAACUAAGUGGCCACGACGAGUCUCAUGUAGAAGCCUGUUUGCACUUGUGCGGCGUCACAUCGAGGGAUCGGCCCGUGAACUACUCCGAGUGUGAUGAACCGGUAUCAUUGAGAAGAAGACGCAUUUCGCUGGCCUGCGCCGCAGCCACCAAAGCCCCCGUCCUUUUUAUCGACGACGCGUGCGGUUUAACCUCGACAGGACGGGACGCGCUCUCUUCGGUGAGCGGCGCAUCAAUUGCAAAGUGCUGCGCCAAUCUCGCGAAGAAGGGUUUUUGUGUGGUCGCGGCGGCGCCGGGCAUCAACGCCGACCAGGGGCUCCACUUUUCCCGUUGUGUGGUAUUGUGUCGGAGGACCGAGGGCGGCUGCGACAUUGCGUAUGAUGCGCCGCCGAAAGCGUUAUUAGGUGAAGCAUUUCCAUGUACUACAAUGAAGAGGAAGCCCGCGCGGGAGGCGGCCUGGGGAGAUUUGGAAGAAGACGACCUGCUUCCGCCGUCGCGAGGGUCCUUCUCCUCCUUAGUAAAAAGGGACUGGGCCUGCCUGAUGCAGGAUCGCGAACGAGUUGGCGCGCUCUACGCUUCACCGGUGUUCCACGCUGUUUGGUUGGGGGUCGCGUUCGCGGGGCAAGGUCGUGACGACCCGCGCGCGACUUUGUAUCUGUGCUACGGGUUACUGGCGGCCUUCACUUAUCCUAUUCCCGGGUCCUGUGCUGACGAAAAAGCUUUUUUGAAGCGUGUCCGGCACGAGCGCGACGUCGUUUCCGUGUACUUGGCUGUGGUCUCGCGAAUUUUGGUGCGAUCCGUGCUGGUCCUGGCCUCAGCCAUAGUCUCCGUGGCCGUCGCCUUUUCAUGUGCGAGAUUAUCUUUAAAACCAAGACCCUUCUCCACAGCUGUGUUAGGCUGCGUCGGCGCCUCAAUACUAUCGCGCUGUAUUAUUACCGCGGCCGCGUGUGCAACGAAACACGCCGACGACGUCGGCGCCUUCGUCGCGGCGUCGUUACUGGCUUGGGCGGGGCUCUUCCGCUUCCCGCGCGACUUUUGUGGAGGCUGGCGCGGCGUUUCUGAUGCCGACCCGUUGCGGUGGUUGUUGGAGGCCGUCGCGGCGCCGCAACUCCGAGGCGUGGAGGCGCCGCGGCGGUCCGAUUAUGAGGGCAAUGCGCGGGCCUUUGUGGGUUAUAACGCGACGGCCGACGGGGCGCUGGUGCGGUUUUCAGUGUUACUGGCGCCGGUCGCGUUGGUGACGCUGGUUUGUUUUUCUCGGGCGGUUGUGCGCGAGGGUGGUGGGGAUUAA